AUGGCCGGGAGCAAGGCCACCCUCCGCACAUGGCUGGGCUGCUCCGGGCUGCUGGGCUGUUUCUUGCUGGGCUUUCUGGCAGGAUGGUUUACAAAACCGACUGAAAAAAACCCUGACUCUUCAGAUGUCUAUCACAGUGCGCGACAGAAACUUGUGGAUGAAAUGAAAGCAGAAAACAUCAAGCAAUUCCUUCGCUCGUUCACCAGGCUGCCUCACCUUGCAGGAACUGAACAGAAUCUUCUUCUUGCCAAGCAAAUUCAAGGCCAGUGGAAGGAAUUUGGACUAGAUUCAGCAGAACUCGUUCAUUAUGAUGUACUUCUUUCAUAUCCAAAUGAAACUCAGCCAAACUACAUCUCAGUAAUUGAUGAUCAAGGGAAUGAGAUUUUCAAUACAUCGUUGUCUGAACCACCUCCACAGGGGUAUGAAAAUGUUACUGAUAUACUGCCACCAUAUAAUGCUUUCUCAGCACAAGGAGUGCCAGAGGCAGAUCUGGUAUAUGUGAAUUACGGUCGUACUGAAGAUUUUUUCAAGCUGGAACGUGAAAUGGGAAUUAACUGUACAGGGAAGAUUGUCAUUGCCAGAUAUGGAAAGAUAUUCAGAGGAAACAAAGUCAAAAAUGCCAUAUUAGCAGGAGCCCAAGGGAUCAUACUUUAUUCAGACCCUGCUGACUACUGUGCCCCAGGGGUAGAUGCUUAUCCAGGUGGCUGGAACCUUCCAGGCAGAGGAGCCCAGCGUGGGAAUGUGUUAAACCUAAAUGGAGCUGGGGACCCUCUGACACCAGGUUAUCCUGCAAAAGAGUACACUUUCAGGUAUAAAGGUAAUGAAGGUGUAGGGAUUCCCAAAAUCCCAGUUCAUCCUAUCGGAUAUCAUGAUGCAGAAGUAUUAUUGCGUGCAAUGGGAGGACCUGCAGCUCCAGAGAGCAGCUGGAAGGGAAGUCUCAAUGUGUCUUACAACGUGGGGCCAGGAUUUGCAGACAAGUUUUCUACAAGAAAAGUCAGAAUGCAUGUUCAUACAAGCAAUAAAAUAACACGAAUUUAUAACGUCAUUGGCAUCCUCAGAGGAGCUGUGGAACCAGACAGAUAUGUUAUUUUAGGAGGUCACAGAGACUCUUGGGUGUUUGGUGGUAUUGAUCCAACUACAGGUGCAGCUGUUCUGCAAGAGGUUGUACGGAGUUUUGGUAAAAUGAAGAUGGAAGGUUGGAGACCUAGGCGAACUAUUAUUUUUGCUAGCUGGGAUGCAGAAGAAUUUGGAUUAUUGGGUUCCACAGAAUGGGCUGAGGAAAAUUCCAGAAUCCUUCAGGAACGGGCAGUAGCUUACAUCAACACAGAUUCUUCUAUAGAAGGUAACUACACAUUAAGAGUUGACUGCACCCCUCUUCUCUACAAACUGGUGUAUAAUCUGACAAAAGAGAUUUUAAGCCCUGAUGAGGGUUAUGAAAAUAAGUCUCUUUAUGAGAGCUGGCUUGACAAAGAUCCUGCAACUGAAAAUAAUAGCUAUCCCAGAAUAAACAAACUGGGGUCAGGCAGUGAUUUUGAAGCUUACUUUCAGCGACUGGGAAUUGCAUCAGGCAGAGUCCGAUAUACCAAGAAUAGGAAAGCAGACAAAUUCAGCAAUUAUCCUGUUUAUCACACUGUGUAUGAGACCUUUGAGUUAGUGGAAAAAUUUUAUGACCCCACCUUUAAGAAACAGCUAACAAUUGCCCAGUUACGAGGCAAACUGGUUUGUGAACUGGCAGAUUCCCAGGUCAUUCCAUUCAACUGUAGAGAUUAUGGAGAAGCUUUAAAAGAAUAUAGCAAUAGAAUUUAUAAACUGGCCAAGAAACAUGAAGAACAGAUGAAACUGUACAAAGUGUCAUUUGAUUCUCUUUUUUCUGCUGUGGUGAACUUCUCAAAGGCUGCUGAUGAAUUUCACAGGAGACUUGAAGCAGUCAACAGGAAAGACCCAGUUGCAGUGCGAAUUAUGAACGAUCAGUUGAUGUUUCUAGAGAGAGCUUUCAUUGAUCCUCUUGGCUUACCAGGAAGGAAAUUCUACAGACACAUCAUCUUUGCUCCAAGCAGUCACAACAAGUAUGCUGGAGAGUCCUUCCCAGGGAUCUAUGAUGCCAUGUUUGAUAUUGAAAGCAAAGCAGCUCAACAUGAAGCCUGGGAAGAAGUUAAGAGGCAGAUUUCUAUUGCAGCCUUCACUGUGCAGGCAGCAGCAGGGACACUGAAAGAAGUAGCAUAG